UCUACGUCCUGACGGCUCCAAUCCCGGCUCACGGAAGUCGGGCACGAUGGCUGCUCCAGCCCUGGCGCCGGUCACUCGGCAGGUCAGCAGCCGAACCGCUGCUGCCCCGGACCCAAGCUGCCAGGAGCGCCGGCAACCACUGGCGGCCGCUGUGGCCGAGCUUCCCGUGCUAGACGCGUCUGGGAGGCGGGUGCCGUUCGGCGAGCUGUUUCGGGAGCGCCGGGCUGUCGUGGUCUUCGUGCGGCAUUUCCUGUGUUACACCUGCAAGGAAUACGUAGACGAUCUAGCCAAAAUCCCCAAGAACUUCUUACAAGAGGCAAAUGUCGCCCUUAUAGUGAUUGGGCAGUCAUCCUACCAUCAUAUUGAGCCUUUCUGCAAACUGACUGGGUAUUGUCAUGAGAUCUAUGUUGAUCCUGAGAGAGAAAUUUAUAAAAGAUUGGGAAUGAAAAGAGGUGAAGAAAUUACCUCCUCAGGACAGAGCCCACAUGUAAAGUCAAAUAUACUCUCAGGAAGCAUUUGGAGCCUGUGGCGGGCAGUGACUGGCCCUCUUUUUGAUUUUCAAGGAGAUCCAAUUCAGCAGGGCGGAACCCUCAUUUUAGGUCCAGGUCACUACAUCCAUUUUAUACAUCGUGAUAGGAAUAGAUUGGAUCACAAACCCAUCAACUCUGUUUUACAGCUUGUAGGAGUUCAGCAUGUGGACUUUACAAGCAGACCACCAGUUAUCCAUGUAUGACAAUACAGACUCUGGCUCUUUCAGAUGGAACCUUGAGAUAUGGCCUUGUGUAAUAUCUAAAUUGUUGGCUCUUCACAGUCUUUGAGGAGUUAUGAAAACAUAAAGAGACAUGUACCAGUUGAUUUGCAUUUUGAGAAGCACUCAUUGUCAAAAACGUGAUGUAUAUUUGUAAUUUUAUAGCUUUUAAAGUUUUAAACAAAUAAAAUUUUAUUUUUACAAAGUAAAACUUUAAAAGCUAUCAAAUUAUAAAUACCAUUCUUUAUAUUAUGCUAUAUCUAUUCAAUGAAAAGGGUUUUUUUUUUUUGGCCAUGAAAAUCAUAAAUCCUUAUAAAGAAUGUAUAAGGGGAAAGUUAAGCAACUCAACACCAUUUUAUCCAAUGUAAAAAGUAAAAAAGGAUAUUACAUUCUGAUUUUUAUUAUCACAUAUUAAACAGUAUAAUCACA